ACUCAUUCUUCCAUUGGGGACAGGUGCACGAACGACAGAACACCAACCAAAGAAGAAGUCAAAUCAAGACAAAGAAUGUUUUCUUUUCACAUUAAACUUAAAAUUUCAGCCAAGACUUUUAAUCCCUUUGACAAAAUCUUCAAUACCAAUUGUUCAUUAGGCCAUUGAAGGAUCUCCCAUUUCUAUAUUUUCUUCUCUCUCGUUUUUGCGCUAUCCAAACUAGCUUGCACGCACCUCGUGGAACAUAAUUCAAUGCCUUGGAGUCCAACAGACAUUGUAGGCACUGAAUUGAUGUUUUCUGGUGAUCAUGGAGGCUAUGGAUUAGACGAAUUGUUACGAUCGACGGCUGGAGUUUUAGGUAAGGGCGUUUUCGGGACGAGUUACAAGUCGGAGUUGAAAGGGAAAAAUGCAGUGGCUGUGAAAAGAUUGAAGGUUGGUUACUUACCUGAGGAGGAAUUCAGAGAAAAAAUUGGUGAACUAGGAAAGAUGGUUCAUGAAAAUUUGCUUCCUCUUAGAGGAUAUUGUUGGCAUCAGAAUGAAAUUCUUCUUGUAUAUGAUUAUGUUAGAAUGGGAAGCUUAGCUUUCCGUUUACAUGGGAAUGAAGGUAUGAGCAAGGCCUCACUUAUUUGGGAAGUAAGAAGUAGCAUUGCAUAUGGGGUUGCUCGUGCUAUCGAAUUUCUCCAUUCCCGAGGCUCGAAUUUCUGCCAUGGAAACAUAAGAUCAUCCAAUGUUUUCCUCACCGAUUCCUUAUCAGGUGUUCGUCUAUCUGAGUUUUCCAUUGCACGAAUUCUUUCACCCAAUACAAAACUAGAGCUCGUGGCUGGUUAUCGCGCACCAGAAGUGACAAAUGCUUAUGAAGUCUCACAAAAGUCUGAUGUCUAUAGCUUUGGUGUUCUGCUUUUGGAACUACUAACUGGUAAAGCUCCACUAGAUGCAUUUACCAAGAACAAAGGAGUAGAUUUACCUAAGUGGAUCCGUUCCAUGUUUCAAGAGAAACCGAUCAUCGAUGUUUUCGAUACCUUGCUUCCUAAACAUGACCAGAAUAAUGCUGAGCAAAUGGUCCUUUUGUUACAGCUUGCAGUUUGCUGUACUUUUCAAUAUCCAAAUAAAAGACCUUCAAUGGCCGCAGUGACAAAACAGAUAAGGGAUACCUGCAGGUUUCAUUGAUGACAGCACAGUAUACAACAACAUGAUAGGUUGUUUUUAUCUUACCAUAUGUAUUUACAAAUAUGAUACGUUUCGGAUCCGUCUCCUCUCCCCCAAGUUUCUUCUUGGAUGUGUGAGCGUGUAAGACUUGUCUAAUUUAACUAUUGCUCUAUCAAUAUUCAAAAGAUCAUAAGG